AAUUAAAACCAACCCUAAGCUCCUUGUUUUUCCGCUUCAAAGGUAACCCCGUUUAUUGCUGACUUAAGCAUCGGAGUGUCUACUCCGAGGAUCCACCUCGGGGCUUUGCAGGUCAAUCUAGAGUGCAGAUACGGACUGAAGAAGGACUUCUGGUUUGGUGCAGUUACAAUGCCCAAUUACUGGGGCAAAAGGGGAGUGAUAGGAUCUCACAUGGGUGGCUACGUGGUGCCUUCACUAGUUAAAGAACAUGAUGUGUUUCCUCAUCCUUGAUUAAUCUUGAUUGGUACUUUCCAUUCAAUGCAGAGUUUAAAGACAAGUGUUGUUGUAAGGAUGUUGCAAUAAUUUUGAGGAUGAGACUUUGCAACAGAAAGGAGAAAAGAAAUGGCUUUUGUUUAC